AUGGCAGUUUUUGGAUUUCGUGCCAGCGAAGUUGUAGCUCAUUGUGCCCUGAAGCUGAUAUCCAGAGACCACAAGGUUGUUUAUCAACACUUAAGAAGAGAAUAUGGCAGCAUCCCAAACUGGCCUUGGAGCGGCAUUUGGAGAAACAAGGCACCUUUAAAGGUGGACUGCUUUACCUGGCUGGUGGCGCAGAAAGCAUGCCUAACCCAAGAGAACUUCAGAAAGGAGGGAUCAAUUUUUGCAGCAGGUGCUGUUUGUUUGAAAGGCAAAGCAAGGUGGAUUCCUGGACAACUUUGCCCUACAGUCCCCAACAGAUCUAACUAUAUUCAUUGCAUUGAAGAUCUUCUGUCAUCGAACAUCAUUCCUAAAGUUCAAGAUGACAGAAACUGUAUUAGGGGUUUUGAUAUAGGAACGGGAGCUAAUUGCAUUUACCCUCUUCUCGGUGCAUCUCUUAUGGGUUGGAAGUUUGUUGGCUCUGAUGUUACCAACGUAGCUUUCGAGUGGGCAGAGAAAAAUGUUAAAAGUAAUCCUCAUCUUUCUGAAUUGAUUGAAAUCAGAAGAGUUAACAUGGAAACCCCAUCAGCUUCCAAGGAAGAGCUGAAUGAUGAAGCAGGAAAAUAUGGCCAAUGUAAAGACGUAGACUUCGACAAUGCAGAGGCUGCUCUCAUUGGACCUUCACCUCCUUCUCAUCUCCCAGUGCACCCAGGUAUAGGAAAAAUUUACAAUGGACCUCCUAUACUUGUCGGCGUAGUCAAGGAUGGAGAGAAAUUCGAUUUUUGUAUGUGCAACCCUCCAUUUUUUGAGACGAUUGAGGAAGCUGGAUUAAAUCCAAAGACUUCUUGUGGUGGGACUAAGCAGGAGAUGGUUUGUCCUGGUGGAGAGAAUGCUUUUAUUACUCGUAUUAUUGAGGAUAGUGUUCAGUUAAGGGAAUCCUUUCUGUGGUACACCUCGAUGGUUGGAAGAAAAACUAACCUAAAGGUACUUAUAUCAAAGCUUUGGGAGGUUGGAGCAACAAUAGUGAAGACAACUGACUUUGUGCAAGGCCAGACAUGCCGAUGGGGUCUUGCCUGGUCAUUUCUCCCUCUUUCCAAGAAGAUGGUACCAUCCCACGUGGCUGAGAAGAAUAACAUGUCGUUCAUGCUUGAGGGUCUGCAGCGCCAUCAGAGUGCCAUUGAUGUAUUGCAAUCAGUGGAAUCCUAUUUCUGUAGUAUUGGUGCAUCCUCUAAAUUAGACUCUGCCUCGUUUAAUGUUGAUGUAACUUUGUCAGGUUAGCAAUGUAAGUCUAUCAUGAAGACCCGGUCACAGAAUGGAAACGAACAGGAUAUACCAAUAUCUGCAAAUUAUUGCUCUGGCCAACUGAAUGACAUGCGUCUGCGUGUUUCUGUAAUUCCCCUUACUAUUUAGCAUAUUAUGUACUUAUGUCGCUGGAACCAAUGCCUGGUUAUUCUUGGGGCUUGUUAAUCUCACUAUUUAGCAUGUGCGUCGUUGUAUCUAUUGGUCUUCCAGCAGAUACCAGGGACACUUCUGGUGAGGGGAUCGUUGCUCCAGAAAGAGAUCCCUGUAUCAGGUUUGUCCAAAAUCAUUUGGUCAUAUCCAAUCAAUCCAGUAAUAUUUCAUUUUCCCCCUUUCCUUGCCUCCUAAACUAUUUGGUCAAAGCCGGUAGUGUCUCAUCCCUCUUUGACAGAUUAUUUUGAUAAGGUAACUUGGUAAAUAAUUAUAUUUUUGAGAAACCUCCUAUAUACAAGCAGUUUACAAAACAUGUUCUCUACAAAUGAAUAACCAAUUUUCUAUACAAACAAGAAUCCCAUGGGUGCACCAAAAGCUCACUAAAAAUCAUGCUAUUACUUACAUAUACAAAGUCAUUUUCUACCCCCGCACAAGCUCUCCUAUUUCUCUACUUCCACUAGAACCACAUUAUACGCCACAUGGCAAUGUCCUAUGUCUUCUCUUCCUUCUUCUAAAAGCCCAGCUCUGUAGGACUUGGAUAGAAACUACAGAAAGAAAAUUCUGAAAAGAAAAACAUAUUUGUUAGCGGGGUGUUUUCUUUUAUAUUCCAGCAAUUACAGGAAGUUCUAAAAAGCAAAUUCAGUAAAGGCACCAGAUAAUGGUUCCUUCUCCUGG